CAAGGGAAAAAAACGGAACGCCGCGGAAGUGAAAGAGCUCGCGAUUCAGAAGCUAGGGUUUGGGGAGCGGGCAGCGGAAGCGGGUACCAGCCGGCGGCGAUGGCUUCGGAGGAGGAUGUGGCGGUGAAGGAGCCGCUGGAUCUCAUACGGCUCAGCCUCGACGAGCGCAUCUACGUCAAGCUCCGCUCCGACCGCGAGCUCCGCGGCAAGCUCCAUGCGUAUGAUCAACAUCUCAAUAUGAUACUUGGAGAUGUAGAAGAGAUAGUGACUUCCAUUGAAAUUGACGAUGAGACUUAUGAGGAGAUUGUUCGUACUAGCAAGCGCACCAUCCCCUACCUUUUUGUCCGAGGAGAUGGCGUGAUACUGGUUUCGCCGCCCUUGCGGACCGUCUGAUGGCGUGAUACUGGUUUCGCCGCCCUUGGAGACCGUCUGAAGUCAGGGCGGAACAACUACCAUUCAAUGGGCAUUGGCAGCAGGGCUAUCCGGAUGACUUGCAUCAGCUUAUACAUGAUUCCUGGAGCAUUGCUGGCUCGCGAGACACCGCGUAGCUUGAGUUAAUCACCCAUGUAUCCUGAUACAAAGAACAAACAAACACAGAACUCGACUUGUGUUAUGUAGAUCCAUCUGAAUCCGGCACCUGUUCGUCCAUUAGACCAUAUCACCACAGUGGAGGGAAGCUUCAGUUAA